AUGUUCAUCACGACAGUCUGGCUCGCAUGUGCGGCUCACGCCGCCGAGCUCACCGGCAUGUCCGACGCAAAAAUCGGCGCGCCCACCAUCCUGUCGCUCGACAGCCCAGCCACGCGGUGGACGGCGUCGACCGGCGGCGCUUCGCCGCCGGCUGGCUGCGGCUUUACUCGCGUACAGCCCAGCCCGGUUUCAGCGGUGGUGCUCGCGAGCGGCCGAGUCGAGGGCGUGCGGACGCGCGAAGCGUGCUGCGAGCGCUGCUGGGCCGAGGCGCUCUGCGUCUCGUCGCUUCACGACGCCGGUGCGGCGCUCUGCUUGCUGCAGACCUCGCCGGAGAGCGGCGCCGCCACGGUGCUGGCGGCCGAGGUUGACGAGGCGUGGACGCGGUGCGAGCCGAAGCGGGCCGACGGCCCGCCGCUCUCCCUCCAGAUCGACGCCUCCGUGCCUGGCGACCUGCUCACCGACCUGCAGCGCGCCGGCGUGAUUGGCGACCCGCUCCGCGAGAAGAACUGGCUCAACUCGUCGCUGUGGAGCCACCACACGUGGACGUACACCGCGAGUAUCAGCACCGCACAGCUCGGCUCUCGCCUCGGCCGGCCCGGCUCUCGCCUCCUCCUCGUCUUCGACGGAAUCAAGAUGGGCGCCACGGUCGAGCUCGACGGCGCUCGUCUCGGCGUCGCCGCAGACCAGUUCUUGCGGUACUCGUUCGACGUCUCGCCUCUGCGCGCGCUCGGCGCGGCGAGCAGCGGGGUUGGCACGGGGCUCUCCGAGCUCGCCCUAGCGUGGGGCGAGGCCAAUGCGAACGCGUGGGCCGACGAGGACGACGAGGAGACCGACUUUUCGCAGCUCGGCGUCCGGGUCGGGGAUGCCA